UUCUGUUCCCCCUUUACCUCAAAACAUCCACUUCGUCCAUACGUGCUACUCUACCUCAUCCGCGAGCUCCGAAAAGAAAGCCUUGAGAUAUCUGUUAUUUCCGGCCCUGCCGAACGCGGAGCCGCAAUGAGCAACGUCCUCGAUCAGCAGUUUCCCGACGACGAGGAAGAGGAUGAUUUCAACCCUGGCCAACACGUCGCAUCUGACGAUGAGGAUGAUGCCAAGCCACCAGUCGCCGAUGAGGAUGAGAUGAAGGUGCCAAUUGCCGAGGACGCUGCUGCAGACGACGAUGACGCGAACGGAAACGACGAAGACGAAGAGGAAGAAGAGGACGAGGAAGAGGAAGAGGACGAGGACGAUGAAGAUGAUGUGGGCAGACCAACCAAGCGUAGAAAGCAAAGACGCAACCAAUUCAUCGAUGUCGAGGCUGAGGUCGAUGAGGAUGAUGAAGAGGAGCCCGAGGAAGAAGACGAUCUCCCUGGCGAGGAAAUGCACCCGGAUGAUCUUCAAGAGUUGCCUCCUGGUGCCGACAGGGACGAUCGCAUGCAUAGAGAACUCGACCGCAAGCGUGAACAACAGGAAGCUAUGGAUGUGGAGGAGACAGCAGCACGCCUGAAGGAGAGGUACGGACGACAGAAUCGUGCUUCUGGCUCAGCGUCUGGCAUAGUGCCACAGCGCUUGUUGAUGCCUAGCGCCGAUGACCCGAGAAUCUGGUUCAUGAAAUGCCGCCCUGGAAAAGAGCGUGAGAUCAUCUUCGCGCUCCAGAAACGGAUAGUAGAGCGACAGCGGUCUCGAGAACCAGUUCAGAUCUUCUCUGCCUUCGAGCGUGCCGGCACUGGCGCCAUGGUUGGCAAGAUUUACGUGGAAGCGCGGCGCUUGGACGACGUUACUGCUGCUCUCGAUGGUAUCACAAACGUGUUCAUGGGUACCAAGCCGCAGCUCAUUCCCAUCGAGGAGAUGCCGGCUCUGCUGAGAGUCAAAAAGAGUAAAACACUUGAGCCGGGCAUGUAUGUGCGACCCAAGCGCGGCCUGUACGCGAACGACCUUGCCAUGGUCGAAGAGGUCGAGGCAAACGGGACAGAAGUUAAGCUCAAGUUGAUACCGCGCUUGGACUAUGGCCAGACCGAAGACGCAAAUGCUGCAGCGGUGAUGGAGCCCGAUGGACAAGGCGGCAUGAAGCGCAAGCGCGUUGUGCAGCCAUUCAAGCAGCGGCCUCCGGCCCGUCUCUUCAGCGAGACCGAAGCGAAGAGGAAACACGGUCGGUACCUGUCUAAGAAGCCUACAAUUGGCAACGUCUGGACGUAUCAGGGCAAAGAAUACGAGGAAGGGUUCUAUGUCGAUUUCUUCAAGGUUGCCCACCUCCAGGUUGAGGAUGUCAACCCAACGCUCGAAGAGGUCACGAAAUUUGCGGCUGCAACCGAAGACGGAACCGAGAACCUGGAUCUUGCUGCUCUUGCGGCGACUCUCAAAGCCGGUGCGGGUGCUGAUUACUUGCCAGGCGACAAAGUUGAGAUAUUCCGCGGUGAGCAGAAAGGCGUCAACGGACGGGCGACACAGGUCUAUAACGAAGUGAUCAAGAUCUCGGUGGACUCUGGACCACUGGCGGGUCAAGUCAUUGAAGCUCCCAUCAAAGAUCUGCGCAAGCUCUUUAGAGAGGGAGACCAUGUCAAGGUCAUUGGUGGCAGCAAAUACCAAGAUGAGGUCGGCAUGGUUGUAAGGAUUCGAGAUGAUGACAGAAUCACCAUCCUUACCGAUAGCAACCAGCAAGAGAUCACAGUAUUUUCCAAAGAUCUCCGCGAAGCAACCGACAGUGGUGGUGUCGUUGGUGCAAGCAAGUAUGAUCUAUUCGAUCUUGUGCAAUUAGACGCAUCGACGGUUGCCUGUGUGGUCAAGGUCGAUCGCGAGAGUCUGCGCGUUCUGGAUCAGCUGGGCAGUGUGCGAGCACUUCUACCAUCUGCUGUGUCGAACAAGAUCGAGAAGCGUCGAGAAGGCGCCCCAGCCACAGAUCAUCAAGGUAACGAGAUCAAGCCCGAAGACACGAUCAAGGAGUACGGAGGCGAGGCGCGUCAAGGCAAAGUCCUGCACGUCCACCGUGGCUACGUUUUUGCCCAAUCACGGGAGAGCAGAGAAAAUGCUGGCGUAUUCGUUGCCCGGACCAAUAACGUCCUCACCGUGGCUGCCAAGGGUGGUCGCGUUGGUCCAGACUUGACGAAGAUGAACCAGGCAUUGAAAGGACCAAAUGCAGGCGCGCCUCUCCCGAUGCCACCGCCAAUGCAGAGGGGCCGUGACCGCCUCGUAGGCCGUACCGUCAAGAUCAAGGUUGGGCCCAUGAAGGCCAUGAUUGGAAUCGUCAAGGAGUCCAGUGACGCUGGUGCGCUUGUCGAGUUGCACAGCAAGAACAAGAAGCUCACGAUGCCGAAGGAGAAAUUGGCUGUUAUUGACCCCACGAGUGGACAAGUCAUCUGCCCGAACGCGAAUGAGUUCGGUUUCGGCGGACCUCGGGGUCCGCCAGGCCGAGGGCCACCCAUGGGAAGUGCAACUCCUAGCAGGCCUGGUUACGGAGCGCCGCCCAUGGCGAGUGGUGGUCGAACCCCAGCAUAUGCAAUGGCAGGCGGUGGUCGCACACCUGCCUGGAAGGGCGAUGGGGGACGAACACCCGCGUGGCAAGCUGGUGGUGGUGGACAGACGGCUUAUGGUGCUGGGGGCACGACUUCAUAUGGCGGGCAAACGAGUUACGGAGGAGCCACAUCAUAUGGAGGCGGCUCCGUAUGGGGCGGCGGCGGUGGUGGAGCACAAUCUGCAUGGAAUCCGAACGCUGGCGGAGGUCGCACACCGGCUUAUGUUGCAAACUCGGGUGGCAAAACCCCUGCGUACUCUGGUUCUGGGCUCGAAGCGCCGACCCCAGGCGCAUAUUCUGCGCCUACUCCAGGAGCGGGCUAUGGCGAUCAACCUACACCUGGUGCUUACAGAGGUGCUGCAUACAACACUCCAGCCAAUUACGCAACGCCUGGAGGUGUCCCAGAGACGCCAGCUCCAUACAGCGCGGAAACGCCUGCAGCUUCAAACGACGAUGCGCCACGUUACGAGUAGUUGGCAGGACGAAAUACACCACGUUGGUGUCGCGCAGGCUUCAUUUGUAGUAUACAGAACGCGAGACACACCGAAUCAAUUGGUUACGAUAGCAUAGCGACAGGUUGGUGAAGCAAGUGAUUGUGGUAGACAUGACAUCUGAUAGUAUUUCCAAGUAUAAAAAGCUGCCUCAACAUGUCGACAUCCUUUC